GUCACAUGGUUUGUGUUUGCCGACUCACCGAAGGGAGGGGUUGGUAAACUUCAGCGGAGGAGAGUUAGUCAGUAUGCUACAGAAGUUGAUAUUGUGGGUAAAACUUGAAAACGCAGGAGUUUGACCAGAGUCUGCAUUGGUCAUUAACUAUGGAAAUCCCAGCCAUUAAUCUCAAGGCCAUCGUACUGGUUCACUGGUUGCUGACAGUCUGGGGCUGCAUGGCCUGGCUUCCACCAUCCUAUGCUUGGGGAAACUUUACCAUGCUGGCUAUUGGUGUAUGGGCGGUUGCUCACAGAGACUCCAUUGAUGCUGUGCUAAUGUUCCUUCUGGGGAUGGUUUUGACCAUUCUGACAGACAUUAUCCACUUUGGAAUCUAUUACCCGGUGUUCGAGGGCCUGACGGAGAGGAACAGGGACACGUUUCGCUUCAGCGUGGGCAUGUCCAUCCUCAGCCUGCUCCUCAAGCCUGUCUCCUGCUUCUUUGUCUACCAAAUGUACCGGGAGAGGGGAGGUGACUACAACGUCAACUUCGGGUUCCCCACAGUCACGCGCAACCGAGACGCCUACCAGUCCAUCGACCAGCAAGACCAGUCGUCCAGUGCUCCAGCAAACCCCUUCAACCAGGCUGAGGGCAGCAAGCCAGCACGGUCCUACUGACACCCUGACAAGGCCAACGAGCCAAACCCAGAACCAUGAUGCUGUUUUUUUUUUUUACUCUGAUGAGCAACUUGUGAAUUGUUCAUAAUAUGUGAUAUGUGGUACACGCGUUACUAUCAGCACUUAAAGGAAAGUGUUUUGUUACAAUGAUAAUAUGGGCAAAUAGCUUUAGUGCCUUCAAACUCUGUGUGGUAUUAUGCAGAGAAAAUGUGAUUCAAUGUCAGCAUGUAGGUCAAACACUGUAUUUUUGUAUUUCCGAUCUUGCUCAUGAAUGGUCAGAUAAGCAUUUGUAUGUCCACACAGAAAAGUGUAUACCUCUAGCACCAUAGCUACACAGUUUUAAUGCUUAGUGUCAUUACUCUAGCUCUUUUCUAUAUGUCCCUCUUGAUAUAUAAAGGAGCAUGUGGUAAGAAUGUCUGUGGUACAUGUUAAAUGUGUAAUUUGCUGUGGUGGUCUUUAUACAGUAUGUUAGAGCCGAUAACAUAAAAAGUCACAAAAUUGAAAUUGUCUUCUAAAAAAACAAGUCUGGUCACAUUCAAAGGGCUUUUCAGUUCAGCAAGAUACAUUUACUUUUAUAGUGGCCAUUAAUUUAUAAUAUCCAUGGCGUGUGUGUCAUCAUGAAAGACAUUUCCUGCCUCCUAAUGUCUAUCAUUAGAUGUGUUCGUCUGUUUGGUAUUUUCAGCUCUCUGGACAGUUCUAACCUAAUGUUCUGAAAUGGCAAAAGGCUUUUCAAAGUUCAGAUUGAACAAAAUGUAUAUUAUUUGAUGAGUUUGUUUACAUUGGUCAAUAUAAUAUGCCUGGACCUUGUAGCCAGCACAUCUGUAUCAGUACUCUAGAAAUAUUCAGCUACAUUUUCAACUUCAUUUUUGUCAAAACAUCGGAUUAAGCAUGUAAGAAAGAGAACAAUCAAAAUCAAAAUAUGUUUUAUAUUAGGACCUGAGCUUACAAGGGUACCUGAAUACUGUAUUGCAUUUGUGCCAGUGAAGAAGGGCACAGUGUGUGUGACCAGGCACUAUGUCCAUUGAAAUCAUACCAGCAGCUACAGUAAUGCAGGUUACCAGCAGUGUGACACGUCUAUUCUCAAUUUCUUUUAAUGGACUGUUACUUCUGUGUCGCUGCCACUAUCACUCGUUUUAUUUCGUAGGCCUACUUAAGCUUAAUUAGCAUUUGGGUGUAGUGAUGCAUGGGUCUACCUCAGAUACAGUCCACUGUUAAAUGUAGAUCUCCCUGCUGUUAUGUCUGUUUUACGUGCCAUGUAACAUGUUACCAUAGGAACAUAUAAGAGGGUGAGCAGACAAAUAUUGGUUCUUUCUUCACCAGCAUAUAUAUUGCUUUAGACUUACCAAGUACCCACUCCCCUGUGUGUUUUCCCUUCUUCCGCUUUAAGAUAGGUUGCAGCAUCAUUUCCGAGAAAGGUCAUAUUUGUUUGUUGUUUUGUAAAGGUGAAGACGAACAAGCUUUAUUUGGGCUUCAGAGAAAGCACAUCUGAAUUUAGAGUCUGUUGGUUUUUCACACUGCCUUUCAUGUCAGCGUUGUGAUGAGAGCUGUCGUCACUCUAUGAAGAACGCUUGCACUCCUCUUCAUCAACAGUGAUGAAUCAGGUACAAGUCAGAACAUGAACAGCAUGAUGCAACAUCAUCUUGAUGCAAGACCUGUGAUAUAGCCAAAUGUCUGAGCUGUCACCUCAAUGCCUUGUAUUGCUGAUUGUUUGUGUAAACCUGUGAGAAAGCGGCAAAUACCAACACACACCAAGCCUUAUGUAUUAUGCCUAAGCUGAUUUUUAGUUUCUGAUUUAGUUUUUUCUUCUUUUUUCUUUAGUCAUUCCUGAAGUGAUUAGUUAUUUUUAUAUUUGUUGUGCUACCUUGGAUUGGGUAGAUCCUAUAACCACUUGACAACCGGAUAGCAGACUUUGUGCAAAGGUUGAAUGAGUGAAUGAAGCACUUGAAGGUUUAUUAUGGAUGUAGGGUAGGUUUUUUUUAUGUCAUUUCAAUCCUAACUUGCCUUUUUACUGCUUGCAUUGAGUGAUGUAAAAGCACCUAGAGUCUGCAACUCUCAAACUGAAAAGGCUUGAUUGCUUUUUAUCUAUCAUGCUCCAUCCACAAGCGUCGGCCAGUCACUCUGAAUAAACAGACUGAUAACAUGGUA